AUGGAGGAGGACUUAUUCCAGCUCAGGCAGCUGCCGGUGGUGAAAUUUCGUCGCACGGGCGAGAGUGCGAGGUCAGAGGACGACGCGGCUUCCGGAGAGCAUGAGGUCCAGAUUGAAGGGGUCCGCACGGGCCUACAGGCGGUCGAACUAGACGAUGGGGCAGCUGUGCCCAAGGAGUUUGCCAAUCCCACCGACGAUACUUUCAUGGUGGAAGAUGCGGUGGAAGCCAUUGGGUUUGGAAAAUUCCAAUGGAAGCUGUCUGGCUUGGGCAAGUAUUUCUGGAUGGCCGACGCCAUGGAAAUGAUGAUCCUGAGCAUCCUCGCGCCCCAGCUGCACUGCGAGUGGCGGCUCCCCAGCUGGCAGGUGGCCUUGCUGACCUCGGUGGUCUUUAUCGGCAUGAUGUCCAGCUCCACCCUCUGGGGAAACAUCUCAGACCAGUACGGCAGGAAAACAGGGCUGAAGAUCAGCGUGCUCUGGACUCUGUACUACGGGAUCCUCAGUGCUUUCGCGCCCGUGUACAGCUGGAUCCUGGUGCUCCGGGGCCUGGUGGGCUUUGGGAUCGGAGGGGUCCCCCAGUCGGUGACGCUGUAUGCUGAGUUCCUUCCCAUGAAAGCCAGAGCCAAGUGUAUUUUGCUGAUCGAGGUGUUCUGGGCCAUCGGCACCGUGUUCGAGGUCGCCCUGGCCGUGUUUGUGAUGCCCAGCCUGGGCUGGCGUUGGCUGCUGCUCCUCUCGGCUGUCCCGCUCCUCAUCUUUGCUGUCCUGUGUUUUUGGCUGCCGGAGAGUGCAAGGUAUGAUGUCCUGUCGGGGAACCAGGAAAAGGCCAUCGCCACCCUGAAGAGGAUCGCGACAGAAAAUGGAGCCCCCAUGCCGCUGGGGAAGCUCAUCAUUUCCAGACAGGAAGACCGAGGCAAAAUGAGGGACCUUUUCACGCCCCAUUUUAGAUGGACAACCUUGCUGCUGUGGUUUAUAUGGUUUUCCAAUGCGUUUUCUUACUACGGAUUAGUCCUGCUCACCACGGAGCUCUUCCAGGCAGGAGACGUCUGCAGCAUUUCCAGCAGUAAGAAGGCAGUAGAGGCCAAGUGCAGCCUGGCCUGCGAGUACCUGAGUGAGGAGGACUACAUGGACCUGUUGUGGACCACCCUCUCCGAGUUCCCAGGUGUCCUGGUGACUCUGUGGAUCAUUGACCGCCUGGGCCGCAAGAAGACCAUGGCGCUGUGCUUCGUCGUCUUCUCUCUGUGCAGCCUCCUGCUGUUUAUCUGUGUCGGCAGAACGAUGCUCACUCUGUUACUCUUCGUUGCAAGAGCGUUUAUUUCGGGAGGCUUCCAAGCGGCCUAUGUUUACACACCUGAGGUCUACCCCACGGCGACGCGAGCGCUGGGCCUGGGCACCUGCAGUGGCAUGGCGAGAGUGGGCGCUCUCAUCACUCCGUUCAUUGCUCAGGUGAUGUUGGAAUCCUCCGUGUACCUGUCUCUGGCGGUUUACAGUGGCUGCUGCCUCCUGGCUGCACUGGCCUCCUGCUUUUUGCCCAUCGAGACCAAAGGCCGCGGGCUGCAGGAAUCCAGCCACCGGGAGUGGGGCCAGGAGAUGGUGGGCCGAGGGACGCACGGCACAGGCGUCGCCAGGUCGAACUCGGGCUCUCAGGAGUAG